CUGCCACAUAUGACCACAUUGAAGCGGCAAAGACAGGCUGUAAGUCACACAAGUCAAAUCGCCUCGCCAUGUCGACCAAGAAGCGCGCCAAGCAAGCCAACAAGAAGUCGUUGGAGGUCAAGAAGACGGGCGACGUCGUCCGCGUCCUCUACGACAGCGUGUCGUUCCCAGCCCACUUCUCGAACCUCGAGACCAAGCUGACGCGGCAGUUCCCGCAGCUCGAGAUCACGAGCGACGACUACCCGCUGCCGCCGAAUAAGCUGCUCUUGUCGCGCCUCACAAUCGCGCUCCAAGCCAUUUUGACGAUCGUCGUCAUGUUCGGGGACCAGAUUCUCAACGCGGUCGGCCUUCCGCUGCCGGACGAGACGCUGCAAAAGUACAACCAGUACCGCUUCGUGGUAUUUCCGAUGGUCAUGAUUCUCUCGCCUCUGCGCCAAAUGCUCACCAACACGGGCGCGUUCGAAGUCUACAUCAACGACAAGCAGAUUCACUCGGCGCUCACGACAGGCCGCUCGCCGUCCUUCGAGGUCGUCAAGGCUGCGCUUGUCGAAGCUGGCUUUAAGCCCGCGGCGCCCGCUGCCCAGUAAAAUGGAGCGAGCACGGAUGAUGAUGAAUAUACAGUCGUUGUUAUUGUA